CUGGGAAUUGGGAUCAAAGUCCAGGUUACCUCGCAAAACUUACUGAACUGAAGCUAAAACGAAGAUGAAGAAUUUAAUUCUAGUAUUUACUGUCAUCGCUAUGGCAGCCAUGGUGUCUGCGCAAUGGGAUGAAAUUCUAGAACCAUGUAUCGUAAAUGGUGUGCUUUACAAGGUGGGACAGGAAUUUAAAGACCGAUGCAAUUCAUGCACAUGUGUUGAGAAUGGGGUCGCAGUCUGCACCAAGUUGACCUGCUCUGAUGAUGUAUGUCACCAAAAUGGUGUGACUUACAAAAUUGGAGAAAGUUUCGAAGACAAUAUGGAAGACCGUUGCAAAAAAUGCACGUGUAUUGAAGGUGGGACCAUAACUUGCAUCAAGACUUCCUGUCCUGUAAAGGAAUGUGUUGUAAAUGGCGUGACUUACAAGGUUGGAGACUAUUUCAAGGACGAAUGCAAUAAAUGCAUAUGUCUUGAGGGAGGGAAUCCAUCUUGCACCAAGACAAUCUGCCCUAAAGAAUGUGUUGCAAAUGGUAAGCGUUACAAUCCUGGAGACCUUUACAAAGACGGAUGCGAAAUAUGCAUAUGCCGUGGUGGGUACGCAGAGUGCUUCAAGGGGUUUAUGCUCACAUGUCGUAAAACUCGUACAGGUGCAUCUGCAGACUGUACCAGGAUGGCCUGCCGUAAGUUGUCUUAA